AUGCCUAAAUUCAUUGUUAAUGCAAAUAUAAGCAAGGAUAAAGGUCUAGAGCCUUUCACAGGGAAGCUCACCCAGCAGUUAUCAAAAACAAUGGGCAAACCAGCAUAGCAUAUAGCAAUACAGAUAUCUCCUGAUCAGGUGAUGUCCUUUGGUUGUUCCACAGACCCCUGUGCUAUGUGCUUUCUCUACAGCAUUGGCAAGACAGGGGAGACGGAGAACAAGGUCUACUCCAAAUACAAACAACUGAAAAUACCACCUGACAGAAUCUAUGUCCUCUCCUUCGAGAUCAGUACUGGCAAUGUAGGCUGGAAGAACACCACCUUUGCUUGA